CGCAAGGAGAGAGUGAGGAAACCUUACCUAGAAGAUCAGUAUGUAAACAGAUUUUUGUUACAAGCUGCUCUGGUUGAAGUUGCUGCCGAGGUACCUAUCCCUUGCAUAUUUCAUACCCAUUUGGACUAUAGUUUGGAACUUUCUGAAAGUUCAGAUCAUUUUAUGAUUGAAGAAAUUCAACAGUUGAGAGGAAAAGAUGCUGGAACCACAGGAGGAUGGCUUGAUUGGACUGUCAGCUUAUGAGCACGUAGAAGAUGAAACUUUUCCUCCUUUCCCACCUCCAGCAUCUCCAGAGAGAGAAGAUGGUGAAGGAGCUGAACCUGAUGAUGAGUCAGGAAGAGCGGCACCUAUUCCUGUACCUCCAAAGAGAACAGUUAAAAGGAAUAUACCCAAGCUGGAUGCCCAGAGAUUAACUUCUGAGAGAGGGCUUCCAGCAUUAAGGCAUGUGUUUGAUAAGGCAAAAUUCAAAGGUAAAGGUCAUGAGGCUGAAGACUUGAAGACACUAAUCAGACACAUGGAGCACUGGGCACACAGGCUAUUCCCUAAACUGCAGUUUGAGGAUUUUAUCGACAGAGUUGAAUACCUGGGAAAUAAAAAGGAAGUUCAGACCUGUUUAAAACGAAUUCGACUUGAUCUCCCUAUUUUACAUGAAGAUUUUAUUAGCAAUAAUGAUGAAGCAGGGGAAAAUAAUGACCAUGAUGUAACUGCUGCUGAAUUAGAACCCUUUUUGACAAACUCAUCUGAAAAUGUGAAUUUUGCUUCUGAGUCAAGUAAAAGUCUAACCGAAGAGCAACAACAAAGAAUUGAGAGAAAUAAACAACUGGCCUUGGAAAGAAGGCAGGCAAAGCUAUUGAGUAAUAGUCAGUCCCUUGAAAAUGAUUUAUUAAUGAACACAUCCAGGGCACAGACAGUUGAAGAUCUUAAAAUAGGUGAGGAUCAAAAUGAGGAGGAGUCAGAUGGAUUUAACAAAGACAUUCUAGAUAAUACACAUAAUGAUGGUGCUGCCAAUAUAGUAAAUGAAGAAGAGGAAUUAAAAAUAGAGAAAACUCAACUGGACCAGUCCUUUUAAAAUUAAAAUUGUACAGCAGUAACUUUAUGCUUCCUCCAGAAAUGUUGGAUAGGCCUCAACCAAGAGAAAAUUAACUUGAUAUCCUCCAAGUCUAAGAUUACUAUGUAUUUUGUAUACUUUGAGUAAAAUCCUUAUGUAGUAAAACCUAUAUGGAUACCUGUUUAAAAUCUGGUAUUAUUUAUAAUUAUACUUGUUUCUUUAUUAACUUUA